AUGUCCUUGUUUACUUGUGUGACUUAUAUUGACUUUUGCACAUCCUCUCCGUACUUCUUGUGUGUGUUUAAGGGGAAGGAGUUCUGUUUUGGGGUAAACAAUGAACAGUACCGCUGUGAGAUGGGAUACUGCUGUGGCGAGACAGAAUGCUGCACUUACUACUAUGAGCUCUGGUGGUUCUGGUUGGUAUGGACUCUUAUCAUAAUGCUUAGCUGCUGCUGUGCCUACCGACACCGGAGAGUUAAAAUGCGCCUGCAGCAGGAGCAGCGUCAAAGAGAGAUCAGCCUCAUGGCCUACCAAGGAGCAUCCAGUUCCUUCAUUUCACCCCCACCUCUCAAUUUAAGGUUCUGGAAUGACUGCAAGCUUCCAGACUAUGAAGAGGUUGUAGGUCACCCUCCGACCCCACCUCCACCUUAUUCUGAAAACCCUCUUGAGGCCACGCCAGCACUCCCUCCACAAUUGAGCCAGCCCGUCAGUGCCUCUGUGCCACAGCCCCUGCCUGAGGCAGAGCUGGGGGGGGGCGCCCAGGCCUCAGGCUCCUCACCACACCAGCAGGCGGUGUCUGUUGCCAUCCAAGCGCAGUGUCAGGCCCAGGAGAAUGUAGAAGCCGCGGACGAGGACGAGGAGCUUAUCACUCGACGCCGGCAUGUGACCGGCGACUCAGGGAUCGAGGUGUGCGUUUGCCAGCUGGACGUGGAUGAGGGCUCAGGUCUGGAGGAGGAGAGCGACGAGGAGCGCCGGAUGUGCAGCGGCGGGGACAGGGACUGCUGCUCCGGCCACCAGCAGGAGACCUUCAGACAGAAGGACUGCACCUCCGAGCUGCCAAGCCAGACGGCCAACACCAGCACCGGAGACCACAUGGUGUGA